UCCAAUCCCUGAAUGGAUAUUUGUUAUUCCUGAAGAUUACACAACUAAGGAACCACUAUAUGCAUUAUGUUGAUUCAUGAUUGAGCGGUGGGUGACACGACACGAUAUGGGAGUCCCGAUGAAUAAUUGAGGCACUCGUAGACACACGCAUGCGCGAGACGCCGGCAAAGCGAGACGUAGCCCCAGGCGGCGUAUCUAUUCGAGCUCAGUGCACCGAAACUGCUACCCCAGUAUGAAGUAAUAUUUUUUGCUACGCUCGAAUGUUUCGCGUCGAUUUUACGUACAACAAGCGUUGCAGACUCAGAAAUGUGCAAAGCCGCCGCGGUAUAAGUACGCAGAGAUAGUAUUUGUCGCUGUAAUUCUUGUGGCGAGUAAGUAGUGCACGAUGCAAGCCGGGGGCCCGGACAGUGCGGCGGUCUCUGAAGCCCCCAGCAGUGGCAGCGAGGACUCGGACUGCGAGCCGGGACCGGAGGCCGAUGCGGAUGCCGCUCUCACCGAGGAGUGGGCCCGGGAACUGUUAGCCGGCGCGGGCGUGGUCGCUCCUAACGAGGUACAUGUGGAGUCCCGCGCGGGUGUUGCUGGAGCUCUAAGUCGUGUGCUGGCUGUGACAGUCUGCUACGAAAGCAAUGGCGAGCGCCGGUCUCUACCACUCGUCGUCAAGCUGCCACCACGGGACCCCUUCGGCCGACUGUUCGUGGCUGAGGCACAAUUUGACACCAGAGAGAUCCUAUUCUACACGGAGCUAGCACCAGCUCUCAACAAACUCGCCGAAGAAGCUCUAGGCCCCGGACAAGGCCUACCUGUACCAAGAUGCGUGAAAGCCAGGCUACCUGACGAAAUUGGAGGAGACAGCGAGCUUGUACUAGAAGAUGUGACGUCAGUUGGCUACGAAGCCGCUGACUUCGCUGAAGGCCUGACUGAGGAGCGGGCGAGAUCAGCGCUGUACGCUGCUGCGAGACUUCACGCUCUUUCCCUCGCACUGCGCGAUAGAGAAGGACCUUUGGACCAGAGAUUUGAUUUUCUGUUCCCGUGUGAACGAGCUGCGGCGGGAUAUUUACGUCUUGUGCGACGAGGACUGCCACAACUUGAAGCAUUUUUACGAGGACGCCCAGACUGUGUUGAAGAAGCAGCCGCCGUUUCGGCGCUGAGUGCCCGUGCUCCUUCCUUGCUCGGGACGUUGCUGAGACCUGCCGAACCGGCACCACUUGCACAUGCUGACUUUUGGAGUGGAAAUCUCUUGUUUAGAGAAAAGGAAGGUGUGAGUGAAUGUAUAGCCCUUGACUGGCAAAUGGUUUCUCUGGGGAGACCAAUGGAUGACGUCGCAUUGUUACUUCUUUCUUCUUUGACACCGGAACUGAGGAGAUCGGUUGGCGACUCACUGAUAGAAGAGUAUGGAGAUAGGUUGGAAGCGGAGUGUGCAAGAUUGGGGGCUACUUCUGCUGGUGUCACGGUGAGACGUGGCUUAAGGCCGGAUUGGCCGAGAGCAGCGCUCAGAGCACUAUUGUUGUGUGCUGGAAGCGUUGAUGUUGCAUUAGGAGAACCGAGAGCUGAGAGACGUCUGUUGGAAGCGGUCCGAGAUUUACAUUCGCAAGGUGUUCUUGCUUUAAGACCAGAUAAUGAAGCGUGAGAGCUAUCAAACGUGUGCCAAGAGCGUGCUGAGUAUUUGAAAUCAACCGUUCAUUACUUAACAAUGCAGUCCAAUCACAUAGUGUAUUUAUAAUUUUAAUUCGGUAUAUUUUAAGCACAAAUUACACUUCUUUCAUGGGUGUAAUGACAUUAUUAUUCGUCUUAGUUAACAACGAUCGGAUUCUACGGAGACACCCGUGACCCGAGCCGCGCGCCGGUAGCGGAGUGAUGCCUAAACAAAGACUGAAUUUACGUAUAUCUACAUCGUGCGUACAUGUAUCGUACCUACAGUAGGUGUUAAUUGCUCAUCGUAUCAAAAGCUAGAAAUUCAUUGCGGUCUAUUGACUAUUAUUUAAAAACAAAUAAAUUAUUGACAGUAA